AUGGACAAAAAAUGGCCUCCAGUGUUUGAUUCAUGGGGUAAACUACCAGUAGGACAUUUCGGUGGAACUUUAACAGAUUUUGGAUCUUAUUAUCAAUGCAAACAUCUUGUUGAUGAUGUAAAGAAGACUUUUAACACAGACUGGAAGAACUUUUCUCCCCGUUAUUGCAUUCUCGAUUAUCGUUUACCUCCCCCUUCAGUCGCAAAGGAUAUUUCAUCUUACGACACAGUUCCCGAUUUUCUUAAUAUUACUGACAAAGAUUCUGUACAGAAUAGUUUAGUCGGUUACGCUCACGUUUAUCUUCAACACGCUAUUAGAGUUGGAAUAUGUGUUCCCUCUUCCUGUAGUUCUGAAGAUAUUCAAAUAGUUUUAAAAAAAUUUUUGAAUAACAUUGGAAUUGAAGGAAUCGUAAAAGCUAGCCAUUGUGACAGCGAUGCUCCAGUUACUGUGAAUACAGAACAGAAAGUUGUAAUCAUUUUUAUCUCGAGUUUAAUUUUGCUUGUGAUGAUUGGAACAAUUAUGGAUUUGCUACAAAGACAUGCAAGUAAUUAUGAUGUUGAGAAACAGAAUUCUGGUAAAUAAAUUAUUUUUUAAUGUGUAAAGAAUGUUCACUUUAUAUUUAUCAAAACACAAAAGAGAUCUUUCUAGCACCACACGAGUAUUAAGCAUG